AUGGAGGGCUUUUGGAGUAGUGAUUGUGUGGAACCGUGUAUUAGUGAAAUGCAACUUAUCAUGGAAAAUACACCAUUCAGUCGAAGUGACCAUCAUGGACAACUUUCUUUGACACAACUUUUACAAGCAUCAAAAAAUCGUCGAGUAACCGAAAAUUCAUUUUACAAUAUUUGCGAAGCUUAUAAACGAGUAGAUAAAUGUUUGGAAGAAUGCGAGAAAACAUCUGAAAACAGUGUCACUAUUCGUCGAACGUACGCUGGAUUACGCUUCAUUUGUAUUGAACAGAAAGAAGAAUUCUUCAACAAUUUGCCAUGUCUUGCUCAGUAUGAACCAGUGGCAAUGUCACGAUGUCAAAAUGAAAUAAAUCAAUCGUUGAUAGGUAGCAAUUCAUUCAGUGCAGCUGUUAUUAAUCGUGAACAGCACAAUAUUCAGAACAGAGACUUGGCAAAUUUGAUCAAAUGUAUCGAACCGGUUACGCGAAGUGGCUGCGGCGAAGCUGCAGCUAAAUUGAUGCUCAAGUUCAUCACUGUUGGCUUUACAAGCUUUGAACAACUGUACAAUCAUCUUGGUAUUACUGAUCAACUGCCUCAUUCCUGCAGGCAAUUGCGUAACUUAACCAUUGAAAGUCGAAUUAACAAUGAAAAACGGUUGAUUUUUUCGUCUCCACAAUCACGUAAUUCUUAUUUGGAAAGUGCUAUGAACUGGAAUGGUGCUUCUCAAAUUAUUCCAAGCAUAAUCUUUUCAUUGCUCAGCAUUUCGUUUUGUUAUAGCUAA